UUGAAGGCGAGAGAGAGCUCCAACGGACAGUCUCGCUCUAGUGCCUGUGCUGGAGUCGUGCCAACGCUGUAGCCCUAACCACAAGCCCUAACCCGCUGGGCUGCUUGUCGGACAGUGUGUGACUUGCAUACCAGUGGCUGAGACCGCGGAGGAGGAGAGGAGAGUGCUUUUACCGGAUACCGUUUAAUUGCUGCGUCUCUUUAGUCUAGGUCCGAGACAGGGCAGAGCAGAACGCAUAUUGCGCUCUGAAAAGGACUUUGAGUUGAGUGGAAUUCCGAACGAACCGCGGACAAGCAAGUACACAACGACGGAGAAGCAAAACGGCAGUUGGAGAAAGACAAGAGGGAAGAAAUAAAAGGACGUGAUUGAGAGAAAGGAUCACCUUAUGGGCAUUUGGAGAGAAUUGGACUCUAAACCUACGUCAGUGCCUCAGGCAAGAUACCCCCUCUUACUUCCAGAUGUUGCAGCAGCGAGGCAAAAACUGAGCAGAUGGAUGUUGAUCCCUCUCUCCAGAGCGGCGGUGAAUAAACGAGGGACACUGAAGAGGAGAGAGAUAGCAGAGGAGGAAGCUGCAGCAGGACAAGAGAGCAUUAUGGAUCCGGAUGUGAGCUUUCUGAACAUGGAGAACAAGAACCGAUGCUUCUUAUCUGAAAGAGGAAUGUAGCGAACGACACAACACAAGGGACACCAUUGACCUUCUCACUGUGUCCUUGACAUUGGACUUCUAAAGAAGACCUUACUGGAAAAUAAUUUUUUAGAAAACCACAAUGGACUCUUCCUCCAAGACUUAGUUAGCCUGCUGAGCUAAAGCCUACACUCAUUUUAGGGACGGGUUGAGAAGGGCUUUGGCCCCAGAACCCUCUGGUGCUCCACUUCAAGAGAACACUAAAACCACAAUGAACAUAAGAGUACUUCCAAAUGGACCUUAACUGGAGUCUGGACUGUUCCUUUUGUGACCAUAACGAGACAACACCACAACACUAUUUUACCCUAGAACCCAGACCAAGCCAACCUCCAACUCUCUGAAUGUCCUGAUAGGACUUUCUAAGUGGACCUAAUCUUGGACUAUCCACAACUAGACAACACCUUUUAACCACCAACCAAGCCAAUCGCAAGUAUCCUGAUGUCCUGUGGGCCUCCGGGUGGGUCCACUGCCCCCCUCUGGUGGUGACCGGGGAAUAGUCCAGGUCCAGCCAGGACCUCAAGGACCUCCAGACCCUAGGGGACCAUACCAGGAUGGGAAGCCCAGGAGGAGUAGCCCUACUGGGGGGCUUCGGUUCUUCCACCACGCCCUCUCUAGAGGUAGGGGGCUGGAUGGUCUGGCCAGGGGGGAAUAACUCCACCUCCCGUGGACUAAACCAGAGUCUACCCUGGGGAGCCAGGGACGGGGGAGCGGACAGCAACCUGUCAUCGGGAUCACAGGCGGAGGCGGUGUUGCGAGCGUCGCCCAUGAAGGAGAAGAACUGGCCGGCGCUUCUCAUCCUAGUCAUCAUUGCACUGACGGUGGGCGGGAACAUCCUGGUCAUUCUGGCCGUCUCACUGGAGAAGAAGCUUCAGAACGCUACAAACUUCUUCCUGAGGUCCCUGGCCGUGGCAGACAUGCUGGUGGGGAUACUGGUGAUGCCUAUAUCACUGAUCAAUAUACUCUAUGAUUAUGCGUGGCCCCUGCCCAGUGCUCUGUGUCCUAUCUGGAUCUAUCUGGACGUCCUCUUCUCUACAGCGUCUAUUAUGCAUCUGUGUGCUAUAUCUCUGGAUCGAUAUGUGGCCAUAAGGAAUCCCAUUGAACACAGCCGCUUCAACUCUAGAACCAAGGCCAUGAUGAAGAUAGCAGCUGUAUGGACCAUAUCUAUAGGAGUGUCCAUGCCUAUCCCAGUGAUCGGCCUCCAUAACAAAGACAAGGUGUUUGUCAACGGCAGCUGUGUUCUGAACGAGGAGCGCUUCAUGCUGAUUGGCUCCUUCGUGGCUUUCUUCAUCCCAUUGGUCAUCAUGGUUGUGUCCUACUGCCUCACCAUACAGGUCCUCCAGCGCCAGGAGACCGUCUUCCUCUACGAGAGGAAAACUUCCUCCCAGCAGCCACUGCAGCCUCAGGCCACGCCCUCAAACCACCAGUCCCCGCCUCAAAAUGUCCUAGUCCUGCCCAUAAACAUUGAGGCUCCUCCUCCUAGCAGACAAGGAAGUCUGAGCUGCCUGAAAGGGGCGGAACCUGACCGGCAGACCAGCCUCUUAAGCACUUCCCCCUCGGAGAGCAUCAGCAUAAUUCAGAGUUCGGAGGUGGCAUCCCAGCUGAGCUCUCCGGCGGGGCGUGACGCAAGGGACAGUCACGGGAGGCGGGGGAUGAUACAGGCAAUCAAGAAUGAGAGGCGGGCCUCCAAGGUGCUGGGGAUCGUGUUCUUCCUGUUUCUGAUCAUGUGGUGCCCCUUCUUCAUCACCAACGUCACCUACGUCCUCUGCCAGGGUUCCUGCAACGAGCCGCUAUUGGCCGAGCUCCUCAACGUCUUCGUGUGGGUGGGAUACAUCUCCUCUGGAGUCAACCCCUUAGUCUAUACAUUGUUUAAUAAGACAUAUAGAAGGGCCUUUUCCAGCUAUAUACGUUGUCAGUAUAACACAGGGCCGAAUGCAGGGGUUAGCAGUAAGUCGCUAGCUGUUCCCACCAUACAGUGCUCGUCUCAUGCGGUCACGCCCAUAUUUGGGCAUCUUGGAGGGCAUGGGAAGAAGGGAAGUGUGGACCGGAAUAGCAACUGUCGGAAUGGUGGUGGAGGGGGCGGGGCCGACGGGAAUGGGAUGAUCAGAGGGGUGGAGCCUGACGAUCCUACAGAUGACGGGAUGAGGAUGGAGAUGGAAUGCCCCGGGAUGAUGUCGGAAUUGGAACCCAGAAUGUCGGAGUUGAAGCUGUCCGUCGACAGCUUCUGCCAUUCCCACUUGGAGCGCACCAGCAGCGUCUGAUUGGUUGAUUGGUUAAUUGGAUUACGCCAGCUCUGCAUCUCAUUGGCUGAUGAUGGACGGACGGACGUGAAGUAAUGCGAGCGAGGGAGGGACUGUAUUGGCCGUGUCUCAAAUAACAUCCUAUUCACUAUAUAGUGCACUACUUUUAACAAAACUCCUUAUUUAGGCAUCUCUAUGUAGGGCUCUGGUCAAAAGUAGUGCAACUCUAUGGGGGAUAGGGUAGAAUUUGAGACACAGCCACAGUGGGUGGAGUGGACACUUCUGGUAGAAGGGGUCAUGGAAGGACUUACCUUGACCCUUAACCCUUGACCUGGGUGUAAUAGACUUCUACAAUCUAGAGAAGAAGAAGAAGAAGAAGAAGAACAAGAACAAGAACAAGAACAAGAAGAACAAGAAGAAGACAUGA